AAAUUCUCUUGCCCAACUCACACCGUCUUUUUUCUCGCCAUUUUCCAAUUCCUAGCUGCCCUGAAAAGGCAGCCAAUUAUUUUCCGUCCUUUUUAGGCCAUCACCGAGCUCUUAAAAGCUCUGAUCAGGGGUUUCUAACGACCCCCUGAUAUCCGAUCUACAACUCCGUCUCUUAAAACUAUUCCCCGUGAAAUAAAUAUUCUAAAAGGACCUCAACAAGUCCUUGUUUCUUCUUGUUUUGGUAAUCAUGGCUUCUCUGUAAAAUGUCUCCCGUUGCAAGCAUCACCUUUACUCCUAGUGGAGCAAGGUUCUGUUCAAACCUCGGCACAGGCCGAGAGGUGGGAAGGGAGGAAGUUAAUCACAAGUUCUGCACUGGAUCCACUUCAACUCACGGCCGAUAUGUCGUCAUCUGCUCGUCCAACAUCAUCAAGGCAGCAGGCCGUAUCGGACAAUAAAACAAAACAAGAUGUUGCUGGUUCAAAGUCUAGUAGACCGUCUGGGGGAUAUUCCCGAGGCGGUAAACGUCGAGAACCUCAAAACUCAUCGCUAUCCGCCACCAAUCCCCGCCGUCCCCCACCUAAGGGAGCUCGAGGCGGCGGCUGGAAGCAACCGCCUUCCCGUGGUUACCCGCCGCAGUACGGCGGGUCGGCGGUAGCCGAGGAGGAUGAGAUAGAAGUUGGAUCAUUGUUUAAUUAUGGAAGCAAGAAGCAGAGUUUGAAUCAUUUGCUGAACUUCCAGUACUCACCCCGGGGUCAUCCAGAUACUAACAACUCCCGGAGCCGAACCAGGGGCGGCAGGAAUAAUAAUCAGAAACCGGUUUUCAGGCAGACCUACAGCAAGGAGCAAUAUCUACAGGCCAACUGUCAGUUUAUUGUUGAUGCUCGUGGAGAUUACACGGUCCAUGAGGUGGACCCUGAUAUUUCGGUCCCCUGGGACCUCAUCCAGCAGGUCCAUCUGAGCACAGCCGGGACGGAUCCUAUGAGCUGUCCCAUUUGUCUAUUUCCGCCAGUGGCAGGGAAAAUAUCGCGUUGUGGACACGUGUUCUGCUGGCCAUGCAUUCUCCACUAUCUAGCACUGUCCGAUGAUAAGUCCCGCAAGUGUCCGAUCUGCUACGACGACAUUCAGAAAACAGAUCUUAAAAGUGUUCAGAUUUUCCAGCAGGAAAGUCACGUGACCGGUGGAAUUAUUGAAAUGCGUCUAAUGAAGCGUGAGCGGAACUCGCUAUUUGCAGUUCCUGUCUCACAUCCAGGCCUACCCACCCAUCCUUCUCUACAGGAUACUCCACAGAACCAGGCACUCGGCAAGAUUAUCAAGGCAAGUCCUGAUGCAGUGGUGACAAGUAUACUAAGCCGGGAGCAGCGGGAAUUGGAGCAGCAGUACAGAGAGGAGAAGCAUCAACCGGAAGCUGUUUUUAUCCAGGAAGCUAUCAACUUAUUGCAGGACAGGAUCCUCCAGUGUGGGGAAGCGUUGUCCCUGACUGAAGUAGUUAGAACUGGUCCUGUUGGAGCAAACUUUACCUCUAUACCACCCAUUCAAGAGAUUAAGGUUGAGAAGGUGACAUCUGUUGCUGAUCCCUUCAUGGAUCUGGAAAAUGUUCUUCAGAAUCUUGACAUUAAUCAGGAACCUGUUGUGUCUGAUGGUAAGGUUGGUGUUGAUGUAGAGGAUGAGAGGCCUCGUCAUCACAGCAAUAGUAGUGAUGAUGUCAGCAGUGAAGGAUGCUAACGGUCAACUGAUAUUCCUGCAUGCUCUGAACAUACAGAUGCUGAUGCAGGAGUACGGAUCCUUUGAGAAUUCGCCUCACACCAUCAGUGCUCGUAUACUGGAGAAAGAUUCCUCUAGCAUGACAUCUGAACUUCGAGACAGGUUGAGAUAUUUGCGUCAUCUCCCAGUUUCGAGUACAUUUGAUGUUGCAGAACUAGAUCUAUCUAAUCUUGUCAGCAAGAACACUCUUCAGAUAUUCAAGGACCAGCUGGAGUCUAGGAAGAGGAAAAGGCAAAGGAAACUAAAGGCAGAGAAGGUUCGGGAGAAACGAAUCAGGCUAGAAGAGAACAGAAUAAUGGGAAGAUAUCCAUCACCUAUGGCCAGGAUUGAUUCUGCCUAUCAUUAUCCCAAGAUGGGAGAUGACCUCGAGUUCUUAAGCCCUAGUCCUCAGCUGGCCAGUAGCCUGGACUCUCAAGCCUCCGGCUUCGACCUUAUGGGAUCAGAGGCUGUCGGAGGACAAAGCAAUGCAGGAUUGAACUUUGCCAGGAUAACAAAGAGUGGAGGAGGGGGCGGGGCUCCAAGAGCACGUACUACCGCUGUUCCAGUUAACAACAUGGUCCAGUUAGGAGGUCCUUUGCUUGCUGUUCGACGUCGUCACGCCUGCUCUGAUAGUGAACCUGAAAUCGAAGGCUAUGUGCCACCUCCUCCUGCUGCUAGCCUAGGAGCUAGUCUUGGAGAUGCUCUGGCCCAGGCCCUAGCACAGGCAGAUAAACAAACUGGCAAGAAAAAGGGAAGAAAAGGGCGUGGAAUUCUUCUGACUGGUGGAUCGCAGAGACCUAUUAAUUAGCUUCCAAGCUAUUAAUUAGCUCCAACGCUGUUAAUUAGCUUCAACACUGUUUAUUAGCUCCAACGCUUUUAAUUAGCUCCAACGCUGUUAACUAGCUUCAAAGUCAUUAUUGAAUAGCUCUAGAGCUAUUGAUAAGUUGCAGCGCUGUUAAUACGCUCUCGCUAUUAAUUUGUCCCACUGCUAUUAAUUAGCUCCAGCGCUAAUGAUUAGCUCCAAAGCUAUUAAUUCACUCCAAUAACUGCGCCCAAUUAAACAAUGAUUAAUUAAUAUUUGAUCCAACUUUUAUCUCAUCGCUUUUAACAAGUUAUUUGUAAUUUUUUUGUGAUACUUGUGCUUUAAGGGACUUCUUCCUUAAACAUUUUAACUUUUUCCAUAUUGUUUUCUUCAAAUUGGUGUAAUUGGGUUAAAAAUGGAUUUGGAAAUUUAUUUGAAUGUUAGGCAGAAAUUAAAUUGGGUGUAUUUGAACAGCAAUUGAUUGAUAGAUUAGGAAGUAAGUAGUUUUGGUACGAAUAUUAAGGAAGUUACGAAAGGUUUAGAUAGGUAAUUAUGGUAGGAGCAGCUAGGUAACUGAUAGGAUAGGAUAGGAUAGGAUAGGAUAGGA